CAACGUUAAAUUUUAAGGCGUCAAUAGGGGCGUAAAAUAUUCCGCCAUUUUGUCUCUGAGACAAAAUAUAUUUUUAUUUAAUAGUUCAAGCUGUUUUUAUUCAACUGAUCCGUUGUUGAAAGUGAUAUUGGUAAAACUGUGCAGUGUUUUAAAAGUCUGUGAUAUUUUUGUGUACAACUAUUUUUGUUUACGUUACUACAAUCUUUACGUUAUUAGUUGACCGAUUUUGACGACGAAAGAAGAACUACAAUAUAAAAUGGGUACAAGAGAGGACGAAUAUGAUUAUUUAUUUAAAGUGGUGUUGAUAGGUGACUCAGGGGUGGGAAAAAGCAGUCUUCUUUCACGUUUCACUAGAAAUGAAUUUAAUUUAGAGUCAAAAUCAACAAUAGGAGUGGAGUUUGCAACACGGAGUAUAGAGGUGGAUGGAAAAACCAUAAAGGCUCAGAUAUGGGACACUGCUGGUCAAGAGCGUUACCGCGCAAUCACGUCUGCGUACUACCGAGGCGCUGUGGGGGCUUUACUUGUGUAUGACAUCGCAAAACACUUGUCUUAUGAGAAUGUUGAACGGUGGCUGCGCGAGUUAAGGGAUCACGCUGACCAGAAUAUUCUAAUCAUGCUUGUUGGGAACAAGAGCGAUCUGAGACAUCUCAGAUCAAUCCCAACAGAAGAGGCGAAGGCGUUUGCAGAAACGAAUGGUCUUAGUUUUAUUGAAACGUCGGCCCUUGACUCUACAAAUGUUGAACCGGCAUUCCAAAACAUUCUAACGGAGAUCUACCGGAUCGUGUCGCAGAAACAGAUGCGUGAUCCUCCGGAAGGUGACGUCAUCCGACCUGAUGCUGAACCGGCUGAUCUCCGGCCAUCUGCCGCAGACUCCGUGCGCAAACAGUGCUGCCAGUAGACAGGACUGUCAAUCAAGUGGAAGAAUGAAAGGAACUUUGCAAGAUCAUUCCCGAAACAAGUUGCCAGACAUGGUAUAUCCACAAAGCUCUAGGCAAGUGCCUUAUUCUUAGUGAGUUGCUGAAAUAAUUCGAAUAUCCACUUUUAUGCCACAAUUGUAUUACAUUACAUUAUAAAGUUUAGUUUCGCUAUGAGGACAUGGUCCAACAACAUAAAGAAGCACAAGGUUCCAUGUGACCAAUGUAAGGUUUAUUAACUAUGUAUAACAUUGUGUGUAUGUAUAACAUUCAAAUUACUUCUAGCUAGCAACUUGAUUGUCAGUGACAAUUUAUGUGUGUUUUAAUUUUAACACAAUAUUGUGGCAAUUGAGUGAUCUUCAUCUAUAUCUUGGCGUUCUUCUAUAAAAAGGCACUUGACUAGAAUCGAUAAGCUGGCAACCCAGUGCGAGCUCAUGUAGAUAGCUUUCUGUAAUUUAGUGUCGAAAAAUUCAACCUAAAAAAAUUACCAGGUGAAACUUUAACAUUUCUAAUGGUAAAAGUCCCUAGCCAAGACGUCAAACAAGUUUUGGCACUUCUCAUUGUAAAUGUAAUGUGAUUUCUCUAUAAUAGUGAAUGGAAAUAAAAUACUAUAAAAAGAAAAUAUCAAUACAGUCUUCAGAACUUUACAGAAAAUAAUAAAAUGGCGUCUUGACAAGGUUCUAGUUUCACUGAAAAACGUGAAAAGCGUGUAAACGCAAAAAACGCAAUGCACUUCGGUAUUUCAUUGCCGCUUUAACAACCUAAUCGGUUAUCAAAUUUAAGUUUCUUUUAUUUCUGGUGAGUUUAUUGCCGUUAUUUCAAUAUAAAUCGGUUAUCUUUUGCAUGGUAACCCUAAUUUAUUAGGGUUAUCACAAAGUCCUAAAAACGGCGUAGUAGAUAAUUGAUAUUGUAUUUAUUUAGUUAAUCUAUGUAACAUCGAGUAUUCGUUCGUACGAAGAUACUGAGCAAUAAUUUGGGCUGAUAUAAAUAGCACACAAUAGCUUCAUAAUCUGAUUGUUCGCCACGGUUAUGUGUAAAUUAUAAUGUUAAGUUAAUAGUUAAAAGUUAUGUAAUCGGGAUGUGUAUAAUAAACCGCGAUUUCAAAAGACCUUUGUUUUAUUUAUAAAGUCAACAAAAGCUACGACAGCCCUAACGACGGAAAUGUAUAGGAUUGAUUAUUGAAAUGAUUUUAUAUGGUCUAUAAUAUACACAAAACCGAUUAGCUAGUAGCAUUGUACUAAGAGAAAUGUUAGCUUUUUUAAUGAUCAUUUAAUUAUUGAUAUGUGCCUUUUGUGGUCAGUAUGACUUAUUUAUUGGCUUUUUUUUCAUUGUUGACAGCACUUUAAAUUUUAUGUUAUAACGGGAAUGUUACUUUCAAUUUGCAAAAUGAUUUUCAAAUUAAUACAAUUUUUAAAUAUAAAUACAACAACAAUUUUUAAUAAUAAAUAAACAGCUGUACGGACGUUUUUUUUAAAAUAAAUGUUAGCAGCUUUAUAAUACAGUUUUCGAUCGCAUACUUUUUCAGAAUUGAAAGUAUUAUUCCUAUGCCAUAUUUCAGGGUGUUGCAAUAGUGUCGUUGUGUUGCCAUCUCAAUACUCAGCGUUAUGGUGUUGCCAUAUUGGUCUGUUACAACGGCACAAGCUUGGAAGAUGUAUUAAAAUAUCUACAUAUGCAUGGUUAUUUUUAGUGCCUAUCUGUAAUUACUUUAUUAAAGACAAUUAUAAUAAAUAAUGUAAAUGUU